AUGUUGACUUCAUCCCAUGCUAGCGAGGAGGACCAUUUCCGCCAACGACUCGACUCCAUCAACAAGGAGAUGCAGGCGAUCAUUGAGCGCACAGCAAUUGAGCGUGACAAACUCUACCGCAAUAGCGCCAUGGGAUCUCUGGCGUGGGACAUGACAGAUGCCACACCGAAGGAAGCAACAGAGCCUGCGUCUCUUUUCCAUGCGCCUGUAUUCAACACGACGGCCACCAUUCCUGCCCCGUCACGCAGAAUCUUGGAUGAAUCAGAUGUAAGGCGUAUAGUUGCGGAUGAGAUGAAAGCGUGGAAAGCGGCCUUUGAACAGAGAAUGACCGAUUCCAUAAAAGGGGUGAACACGACGAUGAGUCAACGCCUGGCGGAAAUGAAUAACUCUCACCUAGAACUUGCGGAGUCGCUAAAAGAAACCACGGAGGUAUCAAGACGGGGUUUAGGAGAGAUGCAGAAUGCAUUGGAUCGAAUUCAGCGUGGCACGAAGCUUCCUAUAGAGAAUCUUUCUAGAGAAAUGGAAGAGCAUGUCAAAGGCAUUACAUCAGAGCAGAAUCAUCUUCGGGACGCUGUUUUUGCCCUGCAAAACGAAGCAAGAAUAGAGCAGCAGCGUGGAGACCGUCGUGUCGAUGAGCUCGUUCGUCGUCACCAUGAUUUGGUGCGAAAUUCUUUGUUAGAGUUAGAUUCUCACGUUGUUGGUCUUCGAGACGAAUUAGAGCAAAUGGUGCGAGCACAGGCUCGAAAAACGUCUGAGGAAUGUGAUGUGAUUCACCAGCACGUUGCACGCCUUCGUGGUGCGCUGGAGGCGACGAACGACACCACCACACAGUGGGUCACGGAACUUAGGGGCCUGAUGGAGGAAAACAUUUCUUCCCGCAGCGAAAUGCGUUUGUGUCGCCGUGACAUUAACCGUCUGGAGAUGCUUCUGCAGUGUGUUUCGGCUGGGGACCGAGACGCCGGCGCGAUUUCGGGAGCACGGGACGGCCUGCUCCGCGGCGAGUCAGACAGGGUCACUGGCGGUGUGGAGGUUUCUUGUGAGGAGUUUCUGGCACUUAAGGAGCGGGUAAAUUUCCUUCAGCAACGAAUAGAGAAAAUGGACCGGCAGAUGACUGUCAUGGAUGGGGCACUCCACCGUCUUUUUGCUGCCGGUGGAGGCAGC